AUGGACGCGCGAACGUUACGAAUGAUUGAUCUCAUCGAUGCCCUGGAGGAACAGUUCCCACGGUGCGACGCGGCGCCGGAGGAGUGCGUGUGGUUGUGGAACGAGGACGAGGCGCGGGCGUGGUACGCGAGCGGCGGCGCGGAGAGACCGGCGACGUGUGACGAAGCGACGUUCACGAGAUGGUUCCCGGGUCUCGAGCGCUCGAGGACGUCAUGCAAUGGCAGAAAGCCUCGCAUGCGCGUCUUGUGCUUUCCAAACGCGGGGAACCAGGAGGACAUGUUCACGUCGGAAGGAACCGGACCGCGACGCCAGAGCUCAGCUUUGCUCGAAUGGUGCAAGUCAAACGAGUGUGAGGUUCUCGCGGUGCAAUAUCCUGGACGAGCCAACAGAAAGAGUGAGCCGUACGCUUUUGAUAUCGCAGACAUAACCGUUCCACUUUUACCGGUCGUCGGGCCGAAAUUGCAAGAGUGUCCUUUUGUCAUCAUCGGUCACUCGGUGGGCUCGUGGGUUGCGUUUGAGUUCAUGCAACUGAUGCGCUCGCGCGGAAUGCGAAUGCCCGAGCACGUUUUCCUGAGUGCUUUUCCAUUUCCCGACAUCCCCCAUCGUGACAGGCCGUGGCACGUGAACGUCCUCCUGGACGAAGACGCGUUUAAAGAGGAGUGCAGACGAUGGGACGUCAACGAGCUCGUUUUCGGCCCUCUGUGGGAGGUCUAUCACGAUCUCAUGCGCGCGGAUUUCCAUUUGUUCGACAAAUAUGACUACGCACACAGUGGGAAAGAGAAUUUCGCGUGGCCACUCACGAUGUUCUACGGCGAGUCUGACCGCAUGAUCACGCGAGAGAUGUGCGCGUUCUGGGAGACGCACACGACGGGCGAGUUCGAGCUCGUUAACAUUCCAGGUCACCACUUGUUCCCUUUGCAAAAGGAUCAAAAGGCAAUGUGGCUCGAAAAGAUCGCCGCGACGCUCGAAAUCGUCGCGAAACGAAAUGGAUGA